UCUACAUCCUGUCCUCCUGGGAAUGGUUACAGAGAGCUCUGCAGAAGAAUGGCUAGGGCUAGGUGAUCUUGAGGAUCUCUCUCAGCUCUGACAUUCAUUGACUUUUAGUUCCCUUCCCCCAAAUCUUCUGACUCCAUUUACUUUUCCUCUUUCUCAGGGUGGAUCAUGGCAGUGAUAACAACAGUCUUGGCCUUGGUUCUGGCCCUCCUCUCAGGGUCAACAGCGUCUCAGGGGCACAAAGGUUUCUGGAAAUACUUCAUCAAGAGUGGUCAGGAGAAGGGCCAGAUACAACAGAUGGAACAGCAGAAGCUCAGCAAGGAGUUUCCGAACCUGAAAGCCAACAUUGAACAAGACCUCAGUAAUAUGGACAGUUUCUUGGAGAAGCUAGGGCCCUUGGCAGGUCAAAAAGACUCUCUGCCUUUUCUGGAUUCAAAAGAGCUGCAGGACCAACUGCACAAGGAGCUGGAAGAGGUGAGGAGCAGGCUGGCCCCUUAUACCCAGGAGGUCCAUCAGCGUGUGGGUUGGAAUCUAGAAGGGUUAAGAAGACAACUCAAACCCUAUACGGUGGAGCUGAUGGAACAAUUAGCUGUAGGUGUCCAGCAGCUGCAAGAACAGCUAAGGAUGGUUGGGGAGGAUACCAAGAACCAAUUGCUAGGGGGUAUGAACGAGGCCCGGGACCUGUUUCAGGAAUUUCAGGAACAAGUGGCUCAUCAUACGGGGCGGGUAAAAGAACUGUUCCACCCCUAUGCUGAGAAGCUGGUAACAGGAAUUGGACAGCAUGUUCGGGAACUGCACCGCAAUGUGGCCCCACAUGCUGCUACUAGCCCAGUUCGCCUCAGCCGUUAUAUCCAGGAUCUGUCAAAUAAACUGACCCUUAAAGCCCAGGCCCUGCACACCCAUAUCCAGCACAAUCUGGACCAGCUACGAGAUGAACUCAGUGCUUAUGCUGGGGCCAGGGAGGACAAGGAUAUGGUAGGGUCAGGGGAAAAUUCUGGGCUGGACUCCGAGGUGCUGACAAAGGAGAUACAACUGAGGCUGGAGGCCUUUCGUCUGGAUACCUUCCAGGAGAUUGCUGAUUUCACUAGAGCCAUUGCCCGUGAAACAGAGGAACUGCAACAGCAGCUGGCUCCACCUCCCAACGCCUUCUCUCCAGAGCUGCUUGGGGGGAAUAGGGACAGGAAGGUGCUGGGAGACCUAAGAUCUCGCCUAGAUGCUCUUUGGGAAGACAUUCACUAUAAUCUCCAAGAUCAGGGGCCUGGUCUGUCUGGUGCUCCCUGAAGACCUUUCUCAGGCCCCAAGACCAAAAUUGGCUGACUCUAAGCAAGACUCGGACGUAUCCCAAUGGCUGAGGCCAUGGCCUCAGCCUAGCAGGUUAUCCUCAGCUGUGAGACCAACAUCCUUUCAUCAGUUCUCUUGUCCAGAUAUAUUUUAAUUGCCAGGCUUUGAAAAUCCAUGUUUUCCAUCUUCCUGCUCAUGAAUCAAGAAUGAUGUCUCAGCCAAGGGACCAGAGUCACAAAGGCCACUUUGAAAAUUUCUGCCUAGCUGCAAGCCAACUUGCUAAGUCCCUAGUUAAGUGGGAUUGUCUUGGAUCAGGGUGCUUGCUUCUAGCCAGCCAGCUUCUAGCCACUACUAGUCCAUGGGGCUGAUUUGAUGUCUUUUUUUUUUUUUUUAAAUCCUUACUUUCCAUCUU